CUGUGAUCUGUGGUGACAACCCUAAAGAUUAUUAGAGCACUGCGUUCCAUGGCUACUGAAAGUGUUCACACAGUUGCCGAAGACCUGAUGAAGGCAGCUAAAAUGGAAAAGUGCUACGAGAAUUACAUUCUAAUCGAUGUGGGGGCUAAUCUAACGAAUAAGAAAUAUGGUAGAGAUUUGGAUAGUGUGGUGCAAAGGGCGAAAGAUUCAGGAGUGCAGAAAAUAAUGGUAACUGGCACCUCAGUGAAAGCUAGCAAAGAAGCAUUGAGAUUAACUAGGAUAUAUCCAGGAACCUUGUAUUCCACAGCUGGUAUUCAUCCGCAUGAUGCAAAGUCGUAUGACGAAGAAUCAUGGCAGGAAUUGUGUCGAAUAGUGCAAAAUACGGAAUGUGUUGCUGUUGGCGAAUGUGGCCUGGACUACAAUCGAAAUUUUUCAAAUCCUGAAGAUCAAAAGGCAGUUUUCGAAAAACAUAUAAAACUAGCAAUUGAGCACAAUAAGCCUCUAUUUGUCCACGAACGAGACGCUUUUAGCGACUUAUCCGAAAUUCUGGAUAAGUAUGCGAAUAAACUGCCCCCCGUUUUGGUUCACUGCUUCACUGGGAGUGUGGAAAACGCCUUGGCGUAUCUGCAAAAGGGAUAAUACAUAGGAUUAACCGGUUACUUAUGUAAAGACAAAUCAGAUACCGGCGUUCGGAAGCUGCUAGUGGAUAAUUUGAUCCCAUUGGAUAGGCUGGUGGUGGAAACUGACGCACCGUUUAUGUAUCCCAAUACCAGAGCAUCGAAGCUACCUACUAAUGUAAAAGAGGGUCUAACAGAACGAUCCAUGACAUUCUUACAUCGUUACUGCACUUUUCAACGAAACGAGCCUUGUUCAUUGCCUGCCAUUGUCGAAAUGAUCGCAGCCUUUAUGGAUAAGAAGCCUGAAGAAGUGGCGUUAGCAAGUUCCUUCAAUGCCAUGAAGCUGUUUGGUCUAACGUAAGCAUAUGAAAUUUAUUCGAAAUUUUACCGUAGUUAAAGAUGCGAAAAGCUCAAUCAAAAAAUUCAGUGGUGUUCAUAUAAUUACGAGACAAGAUUGAAAAAUGACAAAUUGUUAUAUUAUUUAUUGUAUCUAAAUAGAGAUUAAACGAAAUAUAUUUUUGGGUCAAA